AUGGGUUGCACAUCAGGCAAGACUCACGUCAUUGUAGUUGAAGAUAAAUAUCGAGAACUAGGACUCAGAAUUCCUUCUGCCAAGGAAUAUGAAUCUGAUUUUGAGAAAUAGGCAUUUAUGACUAUAAAUGUUAUUAGAAGAGAACCUAAAUUGUUUAUACCUGAGCUCAGAAGAUUAAAAAGCAACAAGCUAGAAUAGCUGAUUAAGAAGCUAGAAUCCAUUUAAAAUGAUAGUCUCUGCUUUGUGGAUUAUGACUAAGAUGCAAACUAGGCAUGCAGAACAAAUAAUAAGAAUAUGUUAAAGAAAGAUUAACCUGCUCCAUUCAUUGAUUUAGUUGUGAUUAAGAAAGAAGAUGAAUGGUAAACAAACAAAGACAUGAAAGUUAAAUAAGAUGUAAGGAAGGAAUCUAAGAAAGACUAGUAGCCCUCAGGCAAGGGUCCCAACACAGUGAUUUACGAGAAAUUGAUUGCUUAAAAGAAUAAUAAAGCAGUUGAUGCUUUAGAGUACACCUAUAAUUAAUGGAUGGGAAGACCUCAUGAAUUAAUUCUCUUAAACAUGAUGAAUGAGUAUGAAAAAAGUGGGGAGCCUGCUGAGAUAGAUCCUAAAACUUCAAAGGUAGGGAUUUCAUUUUUGGGUUAAAAUGAUAUUGGGAAUAUUUUCUAGAUUAUUUAUGUCAAGCAAAACAGCAAUCAAAUUCAAUGA